CCCCUCUCUCUCUCUCUCCCCCCUCUCUCUGAACUCCCGCCGCCGCCGUCGACCCCUCCGCCUCCGUCCCUGGUCGUCAUCGCCGCUCCAAAAGGUAGCUGUAGUUAAGUUGUGAUGGAGGAGACACGAAGCUUAGAGGGUUACAAUGAGAGAAUCAGCAAAGAAGCCCCUCAGUUGGCUGCAUUGUUGGAAGACAUGAAGGGCGGGCUGGAUACAUUGAGGAGAAAAGUGCAAGCCUUGACCGCAAAGGUGAAGGCAAAUCAUUUUCCAACUGUGGAUGGAAUAAGUUAUCUUGAGGCCAAGCAUUUACUGCUGCUUAACUAUUGCCAGUCUCUUGUAUAUUAUUUGCUUCGCAAGGCAAAAGGUUUGUCAGUUGAGGGACACAGUGUUGUUCGGAGCCUUGUGGAGAUAAGAUUAUUUUUGGAGAAGAUUCGUCCAAUUGACAAAAAGAUGCAAUAUCAAAUUCAGAAGCUUACAAAGGUUACAUCUACUGCAGUUAGUGAAGUAGGGUUAAAUGAGAAAGAAGAAAGUGCAGGUCAGAAGUCAGAAGAUCUUUUGAAAUAUCGACCUAAUCCAGACAUGCUUCUUAGCAAAAUGAAUCCAACUCUUGAGGAUGGUAUUGGGGUUUAUCGACCACCAAAAUUUGCUCCUACCUCUAUGGAGGAAGAUAAGAUCUCCAAACAGGAAAGAAAUGUACUGAGAAAGGAGAAAGAAGCUCUCCGGCAAGCUAGGCAGAGUGCUUAUGUCAGAGAAUUGAUGGAUGAUAUAGAGGGAAGACCUGAAGAGGUGAGAGAAGUUGUUGGAACUGAAAGCAGGGAAGUUAUUCGAUAUAAGGCUAAGAUGGAAGAUCGUGCAAGGCGAGAAGAGGAUCUAUUUAUCCGUGCGCCUCUAGCAAAGAUAGAGAAAAAGAAAAUGAAGCACAUGUCGAAGUCCAGAAAUGGGUUACUUGGUCUGACAGACAGUUUCUAUGAUGAAAUUAAAAGUUUACCCUUGGAGGGUACUGAUGGUGAGCGCACAGGAUUUGACAGUGAAAGUGGUGAAAGACUAAAAAUUAAGAAGCGCAAGAGGAAGCACUGAAGGAUCAGAAACUUGAAUUUUUGGCUGUUAAAUUAAAGCAGUUGAACACAUGAAAGCAUCAUGGAAGUCCUGCACUUGUCCGGUACAGAGAGGAACUGAAAGCUGAUAUUUGAACUAUUUUUUCUGUUUUACAGAAGACGCUUUGAAGAAUAGAAAGGUCCAUUGGGGCGUGAACUUAGGUUUUGUUUGAUAGUUGUAUUGUAAUUUUCCUAAACUGCUCUAAUAAUUAAAAGAGGAAGAAUAGGUUGGUGAUUUUAGUCAUCA